UUCAUUCAUGUUCAUGUUUGUGUUUGUCGUUUGUCUGUGUCAGAGUGCGUCAAGGAUUGGAAAGUUUGGAUUUUUUAGAUUUUUCUCAGUUCAGACACCAGACACGUAAAGUUUUCUCCCAAGUUCUUUCAGUUUUACUUAGUGAAGGCUGGCAGUGAGAUGCAGCACCCAACUGCUGAGCCUGCAGAGGACGCGGAAGACAAGGAUGAGGUUGACGAGGAUGGGGAAGAAGACGACUCUAUUGAUGAGGAUAUUGGUGAAGACAAUGGGGAUCGCAAGAGGCCUCCCAGCUCAUGCCUCAUCGCACGCACCAUCACUCUACAGAUGCUCUUGGCAGAUCGCCUACUCGAACCGGGAGAGGGUGCAAUGUCAAUAGAAUAUAUGGGUCAGCGCUUUGUUGGUGAUCUUCUGCCUGAUGGGAAGAUUCGAUCUCAGGAAACAGAUAUUGUUUUUGUUACACCAAGCGCAUGGGCUGUAAACUGCAGAAGAAUUAUUAACCCAGGGAAAAAGUCGGGUUGCGGAUGGGCAUCGAUUAAGUACAAAGGAAGAAAAUUGGAUGCUUUUAAGAAUAUUUGGAUAAACCGCAGAAACGAAGAACGUGAAAAACUCUGUGAGGUAGUAGAUGGCUAUGAAUUAAGCAUAGACAAGGAUAACACAAUGCUAGCUCCUCCACCACCACCUCCACCUCCUGCCCCAGUAUCCUCUGCUGGUCCUGCAACUGUAGCUGCAACAUCAGCUGCAGCCAUGGUGACAGCAACUACUACUGCAGCUGCCAUUGCUUUUGCUACAGCCACUGCGACAUCAACAGCUGUUGUUACUCCUUUAGUUGUUCCACCCAAGCCUCCAAUUAGAAUGCCAGUUAAGCACCAUAAUAUUGGCAAUCGUACCAGUAUGCAUGACCCCAAUAUGUUGGUUGAGAGUACAGCCUUCUCUUCAUUAGGGAAAAUUCAACCUUUCCUUGUCUCAAUGUCUUCUAAUGCUAUGUUAGUAAUGGACUUUCACUGCCAUCUGACAACCUCUGAAGUGUGUGGCUACCUUGCAGGGCAGUGGGAUGUGAAUGCUCAUAACCUAGCAGUUACCUAUGCUUUUCCAUGUCACUCUCGGCUAGAUGAUCAAGCAAAUGGUCCAUCUGUUGAGAAAGAAAUCAGGAAAGAAAUAGAACUUAGGGGUUUGAUACCAGUUGGAUGGUAUCAUUCUCAUCCAAUGCUUCCAGCUUCACCAUCUCUUAGAGACAUUGAUAAACAAUUAGAUCAUGAAAUGCACAUGAAGGGCUCAAGUGAUUCAAGCUACACACCGUGUGUGGGGGUUAUUUGUUCACCAUACUUUACUGAUACUUCAAAUGUUGAAUCAAGCAUUGUAAGUUUUUGGGUUGCACCCCCUCCAGAAAACAAACCUCUGGAAUAUGGUAAGCCAAUGUUAAUGAACUACAGUAUUGUUCAAGAUAAUAGUCUACACCCUGAUGUUCUUAAAGAGAUGACCGCAUUGAUAGAGUUUUAUAAGGAUAUGCAUGACUUUAUUGACUUCAAUACAGUGUACAAAAGUGAGCUAACGUAUUUGGAGAAACUGAAGGCCACACUUAGUCCAAAGUUUCCACGGGAUCAAACUGAUGGGGUUUUGUGGGGCUUCAUCCGCCAGCUUGUUACCCCAGGGUCAGAAGAAAAGGAUGAUGAUGGCAAUAUCAAAGUUUAUGCACCAGAGACAACUACUAUCAUCACAACCAACACAUCGACUUCAACAACAAGCACAUGCCCAACUACUCUUGUUGUGCCUCUUGUUGUUCCUGGAAGUAGGAACACGGGAUGUACCUCAGUCACAAAUUCCAUCAACUCAAAUUCGCUGGGGGCUGUCAAUUCUACCACAUCCUCAUCAUCAUGUACAAAUACAACGUCAGCAGGAUUUUUCUUAGGGUCAGACAUGACUAGUGCCAUCAUUGCAGCUGGGAAGUUGCCUGCCGGUACAUCACUAAUGAGCGUCUUACCAGGAAACAACCAAAAUAUGUUUAUCUCUCCUUUAGGGCUAAAUUUACUGAACAACAGCAAUGCCAACAAAGGCUGUAAAACUACCAGCACUACUGGAUCAAAUUUAGCAACUAUCAGUAGUAUGGGAAAUUUGGGAAACUUAGGAAACCUGGGGAACUUGGGGAAUCUCAGCAUUGCAAAUCUUGCUAAUCUUAACAAUCUCACUCUAGGCAACAUGGGCAACCUUGCAAGUAUUAGUUUAAGCAACAAAAAUCUUUCAGGAUCAAGUAUAAAUACCAAUAAUUUUAGGAAUAGUGCAAAUAUGUCUGUAUCAAUUAGUAAUGCUUCUACUCAUUGUUCUCAUGUAUCUACUACAUCUUCAGUUUCUCAUUCAUUACUGAAUUCUUCUGUCUCCACUGUAUCAUCAUCAGUCUCUACCUCAUCUGUCAUUGGUGGUUUCAAAACAAGCGUUGGUGCUAUAGAAAUAUCAGCUAGUACUGAUGUACCUAAAAAAAUUGAGAGUGACUCAAUUACCAUUUCCACAAGUUCGUCAAAAGAUGACGCAUCAGUCAUGAUCAACACCAACUCCUUGAGCAAUACUGCUGUUACAAACAAUAUCCCCUCUAUUCCUCACUCUGCUUCAUCACACAGCUCUGUGAACAAUAUUUCAAGUGAUGUUAAUGGAAGCAAAGUCAUUAAUAAUAUUAGUGUUUCUGUGGAUAAGUCAAUUGGUAACCAACUUGACAGUGACCCAGAGAGACCAGCAAAAAUUCCAAAACUGGAUGGAACAUCAGUUGUUACUAGAUAAGGAAGUGCAAUUUUUAGGCCUAUAUUUUACAAUGUACCUUUAAUACAUGUGUACAUACUACUUAUCCGUCUAAUGUCUUGUGAAAAAUGUUUAGUACUGUAGUUGUCCUAUUUCCGUACUGUAUAGUGUGAAUGUUUCAUUUAAGAGGGCUUUCUGUCUCUUGUAUUAUUUUUACUAUUUGUAUGUUUUUAUGAUGUAGAAAAUGUUAAGGGCAGAGCGGGUUUUUUUUUUAUUAUUGGUUUGGUCUUUUGCAUAAUUCCUUUUUUUUUCUCGUGUGUUUUGUGAAGCAAAUAUUAUGUGUUUUUAAAUUUGUAAGGACGCAAUUCAUUUAAUGUUGCUAGGCUGAGUCUUUUUAAGUAUUUGUGAAAAUGUGUUUGUGUGUACUUAGAUAUUUUUUUUUUAUAUCUAUAUAUCUACACCCUUUUACAUUAUUUUAGUAUGUAUGUAGGUAUGUGUUGUGUAUGUACAGUAUCAGAUAUUCAUAGUCUGUUCUGAAUGAAUAGUAAAUAGUACUUUUGCGUACACAUGCGUAAUCUAUGCAUGUAUGUCUAGUAGAAAAUUGUAUCCUUAUUGGCCUUAUCUUACCUUUGGAUAAAUUUGCAUUUGGUUUAUGGCAAACCUCCAAUGAAAUGGCAAUCUCAUCAGCAAUAGUCACAGCAUUUUUAUUUUUCACAUCUCUCUGUUAAUGUUUGUUUUAUGAUGAUUAACCUUUGGUUCUCAAGGUGAUUGUUUCAUUAUGUAGCUGUUAACUAGGACAAUAGAAGGUCUGUGCGUUUUUGUGCUGUUUUAAAUUGAGUAGUACUUUAAAAUAAUUUCGGCAUUUAUUCUGUUCGCUGAUGACUUAGUCCUUUGAAGGUAUGCAUUAUUGACCAACAACAUCUCUUUUUCAAAACAAGAUCUCAAUAAAGUUUUAAGUGACACUUUUAAAAUUGAAUUAUUGUGAAUGUGUAUUUUUAGAUACAUGGAGAGUUAUAAGUAUUUUCUCAAUUUCUGUGAUGCAAGAAAUGUAAUAUAUUUUGAAGUAGAUGACUUGGUACCUCCAUUAUAUUAGGAGUGAAUUAGCCAUGUGAAGUCAUCAAGUGACGAGAGUGAGAGUUUGUAUGUAGCUUGGUAUUUUCCAACCAAUGUGACUAAUAAAUGUUCUUUGGAGUAGGAA